UUCUCUGUUUGUCUCUGUAGCCGAACGGAACGAUUGAGGAUGAAAGUGGGAAUCGCCGCGUUGGUUGCCGGGUUUUUCGGUGGAAUUGGGGUUUUGUUGUUUUUUACCGCGUUUGGAACGGACUACUGGCUUCUGGCGACCGAGAACUGCGGGACGAUCGAUGGCGGUCUGGCUAAAGCAGAGAAUGUAAGUGACCCCAGAAUUCCCACCCUAUAUUUUCAUCACGAGGGCUUCUUCUGGCGUUGUUGGUUCAAUGGGAAUGAAUUCGAGGAGACUAUAUGGAACUUUUGGUUCACUAGCCAAGCACAUCAGAAACAUUGCAUCAAUGGCUACCUGUUCCCCAUGCCGCUCCCGUCUGGGCUCGUACCUCACCCAUCAUAUGAUCCUACAGCAGUGUACAGAGGCUUCUGGACGGCAUUCAUCAUCCUAGCCGUGGCUGCCAGUCUGGUGGGAGGCUUGCUGUUGGUGUGCGCCGUACCCUUCACGGCCGCUCGGCUCUAUAAAGUAGGAGGUGGAUUCCUCAUCACAGCCGGUGUCUUGCUUGCCUCGCUCAUCCUUCUGUUCGCCAUGUGGAAGGAGUUUGCAGCUGAUCUGGAGAAGUAUAUUCUCUUAGAAAGGAGCCAGAAUUGCCUGCCCGAUACUCACGUUCACGUCUACUAUGGAUGGUCCUUCAUGUUUGCCGCAGCCGGCACACCCUUGGUCCUACUGUCGGGUCUCCUGUUCCUUUGCAUUGGUCGGAACAUUGGCUUAGAAGAGAAAUAAACCAGAAAAAAGUUGAAACAUAUUUAGAUGUGUAGAUGUGGGCACAAAACAAUUUAAACAAAGGACAUUUCAUGGCUAUAUUUAGAAGUAACCAGCUAAAUCGAAUAAGAACAGAAAAUCUUUCUAAUAUUUAACAUCCUAGAAAAAACUUGUAUAAAUAAGUAAGCCUGGCUGGAGUGCACAUACUGUAUAUAUAUAUAUUCCUCAGAUGUUUUUUUCAUAGGUUCAACUUUAUGCGUGAUACAAUGUCAAGGUUAUAAAAUAAAAGAAUCUACAAUA